CACUCGACAUCAUCAUCACUCGCCACGGCCCACAUCUCAAGACUCGGACUCGAACCGUCCAAAAUCACGAACAUCGAGCUCUCUCUGAAGCGAGAAAGGAGACUCCAGUGCCUCUAGCAACAACCACGCUCUGCGAACAACCCGUCGCCUUUGCGCGCAACCAAACAAACAAUGGCCCCCCUAACCGCAACAACCCUCCUCGCCCUCCUCCCAACCGCCCUCCUCGCAACACCCACCCCGAAAACCUACCAACCUUCCGACCCCCUCCCCCUCGUAAUCUGGCACGGCCUAGGCGACAACUACAAAGCCGACGGCCUGCGCUCGGUUGGGGACCUCGCCGAAUCCAUCAACCCAGGAACAUUCAUCUACUACGUGCGCCUCGACCCCUCCGCAGACUCCGACCGCACCGCGACCUUCCUCGGCAACCUCACCCUCCAACUCUCCCAAGUCUGCUCGGACAUCGCAUCCCAUCCCAUCCUCUCCACCGCCCCCGCCAUCAACGCGCUCGGUUUCUCCCAGGGCGGACAGUUCCUACGCGGGUACGUCGAGCGCUGCAACACACCGCCCGUCCACAACCUCGUCACCUUCGGCAGCCAGCACAACGGCAUCGCGAAGUACCAGGAGUGCGGGCCCUCCGACUGGCUCUGCAAGACGUGGGUCGGACUCUUGAAGGGAAACACAUGGUCGAACUACGUGCAAUCGCGACUCGUCCCCGCGCAGUAUUUCCGUAGCGUGGAUGAGGGGACCGGCGACGCGAGUGAGGAGUACCUCGAGUACUCGAACUUCCUCGCGGAUGUGAAUAACGAGCGCAGCGUCAAGAAUCAAACGUAUGGAGAGAAUGUUGCAAGGUUGAAUAAGUUCGCGAUGUAUGUUUUCGAGGACGACGAGACGGUUUUCCCGAAGGAGACGGGGUGGUUUUCGCAGGUCAAUGCGACGAGUGGGGAGGUGGUGGGGUUGAGGGAGAGGAGGAUUUAUAAGGAGGAUUGGAUUGGGUUGAGGAAGCUUGAUGAGAAGGGUGGGUUGGUGUUUAAGACGACGAAGGGGAGGCAUAUGGAGUUGGGGGAUAAGGUGCUGACGGAUGCGUUUAGGGAGUUCUUUUCGCCUGAGGGCAAGGAGAACGAGGACAAGGUGGAGGAGGUCAUGGAGUUGUAGUUUGGGUUUGUGGCAGAUAUAUGUAUAUUUUUCUAUGGUAGGAGUCGUUCGUUGGGGAAGGUCAAUCAAAACCCUAGUAUAGCGCUUUUAUUCGAGAUACCCAGCAAAACAAGGAAGAAGAAGCAAAAUGCAAGAACAGAAGCAGAAGCAGGGUUUGAAACUCCGUGAGAAGAAGAAUAGGUCGUCAGAAAUGGUGUGUCCCUCAACGCCGUGGUGUGAUAAAAUCUCAUGAUGACUAUGCUGCUAUGUGUAGUAGUAGUGGAGGAAGCGGAGGGGGAGGUAGAGGAUAUCAUGCAAUCAACGGCGUCUGGACCGACUUCAACGCAUCCUGCUUCAGCUUCUUCCGGCUCGCCUUGCUGAUGCUGCGGGACUCCUUGUCCUUGGCAGAGUCCUUCGCCUUGGACUUCUUGGCCGCGGCGAACUGUUCCCUGCGCUCGGCGAGCUCGUCGUCGUCG